AUGCACUGGCUCCGUGCGGCUUUGCUGCUUCCUGUGGCUGUUUCUGCGACAUUGAACUUGAAACAGUACAAACCAUCGUUGAACCAGCCCAAGUACUCAAACGCAAAGGCCGACUUCCAGCAAAAUGUCGUGAACAAGGCUCAAGGGGAACCUAAGUUCCUCACAGACAAGACUAAGAAGUUUGUCGUCAAUGGAACAAAGAUUCCCGAAGUUGACUUCGACGUCGGCGAGUCUUAUGCAGGAUUACUCAACAUUGACAAGAACAAUGACACAGCCGGGAAGCUGUACUUCUGGUUUUUUCCAUCCGAGAGUCAAGCCGCCGACAAAGAGAUUAUGAUCUGGCUGACUGGUGGUGUUGGUAUCCCUAUUACAGGGUAG